CCCAUUAAAGCCGAAUAUAUUCGGGCUAUGAUUAAUUUGAGGACUAGAAAAGCAGGAAUUAAUAAGUUAAUUACUCCUCAUUCCUUUAGAAGGAGUUUUGCCACUCUUUUGAAUAAUCAAGGCUGUAAUCUGACUACCAUUCAAAAGUUGUUAGGGCAUUCUCAUAUUACUACUACUGCGGCUUAUAUUCACAAUGAUUAUGACACUUUAUUUAAGGAUUACA